AUGUUGAAAUCACUUAAAGUCCUGCCCAUCCUAAUCAGAUUCACCCUAUGUAUCCUCAUCCUCAAUGAAAAAAAUUCUCACGGCGGAGCAGCCCAACAAUCAUCUGGCGUGAGCUAUGAUGUGGCUGCCAGCAAUGUCGCACAGAUAGCAGGUGGACAUCAGACCUCUCAUUCGUCCAGAAGUGCAUCUAUCAAGGGUAUUUUCUUAUGUGACGCACGUCUUUCCCCUCCCCAAAUGCUGGUGUACCCAAAGAAAGAAGAGCUUGGUCUUUCUCUCAAAGGACUAGGACGAGUACGGAGUAAGCUUGCAUUGUAUCUAAAAAGUGGUGUUGCUUUGCCAAUCCAAUAA